UUGCCUCACAGAGUCGUUUUCUUUGAUUAUCUCCAUCUCGGUGACAGAUAAUCAGAAAAAAACAACAGACUCGGUGGAGAAUUUUGCUUUUAAAGCAAUGGAGGAGUACAAUUCCGGAGAGGAGGUGUCCUUCAACGCAGAUGAGGCCAGUGUCUCAGUUAAAGAGUGUAUCGAAGCCAUCAUUGGAGGACUAGAUUACAACCAGAACAAAGUGAACCAGUGGACUGCCAGCGUCGUGGAGCACUCUCUCACCCAACUGGUCAAGCAAGGGAGACCAUUCAAGUUCAUAGUGAACUGUGCCAUCAUGCAGAAGAGUGGUGCUGGUCUCCACACGGCCAACUCCUGCUACUGGGACACUGCUACUGAUGGAAGCUGCACGGUCAGGUGGGAGAACCGCACCAUGUACUGUGUGGUGAGUGUUUUCGCCGUGGCCUUGACCUGUUAAUGUGCCCCCCCCUCCUUCUCGCACUGAGCUGAACACAACCUGGCAUGCACCAGCACCAGCACCACCAAGCCUUGAAGAUCCAAGCUGAUUACCAUGCAAAUGUCUGUUGUACAACAUCUUUCAACCCCACACUCUCAAACUUUGACCACUCCCAAUGGGAACCAUAGGAUGGGAAUUCAGUGAUGUUGCUAUAAGUGGUGGAUGCAUAGUGUUGUCUGUGUGUCAAUGUAAAUAGACCAGUAGUUCAGCAUGGACUUAGAAAAUGGAACUAACCACACUGGACAUGUGGAAUAUUAUUUACUAAAUCAAUACAUCCCAUUUCCAGUUCCAAUAGUGUGUCGUAGUUGAACCACUAUAAAAAUAAUAAUAAUUGGAGUCUCAAAGCAGAGGUGUAAUAUAUUCCUAACAGAGUGCAGAGAGAGACAUUGGAGGUUCCGUUGGAGCAUUGCAGGUUUAUGAUGGUGUACUUUUUCUUUUAGAAUGUGUAUUAUAAUUCUUCUAAGAUCAUUCCCUCUGGAUUGUUGAAGUUGUAGCUCUCCUGCAUGUUGUAUCACAUUUACCUCACUAGCCCUGAUAUAAUUUGUGAUAUUAAAUCGACUGAAAAUGCUCAUGACACUACAAGUAUGACUUGUGACUGACCGUGUUUGUACAUUGACCUUUGUCAUUAAAUGUAUUAUUUAACUAUCGUCA